AUGUUUCGCUCUGGCUAUUGGGAUGAUGAUCCUAUGGAUGGAGUCCUAGGUUCCUCUAUGCUUCGUCAUGCAGGGGCUACUCGCCGCUUUGAUGAAUACUACCGCUGUUACCCCGUCGCGAUGCUUCCUGGUCCGGAGAGAGAAAACGUGAACCAUGGCGGCAAGGUCAUCAUGCCACCAAGUGCUCUAGACAAGUUGACUCGGUUACACAUCACCUAUCCUAUGCUUUUUGAGUUGGUUAAUGGCUCGAAGGAAAGAAUGACGCAUGCCGGUGUGCUGGAAUUCAUUGCUGAGGAAGGGAAGAUAUAUUUGCCAUUUUGGCUUAUGCAAACGCUACAGCUCGAACCCGGUGAUCUUGUCCAAGUCAAAUCGACCGACCUUCCCUCCGGCCGGUUCAUCAAGCUUCAGGCCCAGUCUACCUCUUUCCUCGACAUAAGCGACCCCAAGGCUGUACUGGAAAACGCUUUUCGGAAUUUCUCCUGUCUCACGAAAGGCGAUGUUUUCACCUUUGCCUAUAACGACCAGGUUUAUGAGAUGGCGGUUCUGGAAACCAAGCCGUCGAAUCCAACUGAUGCGAUAUCCGUUUUGGAGACCGAUUUAGAGGUAGAUUUUGCACCGCCGGUAGGGUAUGAAGAACCCAAACGCCCCAGUGGCACCAGUACUCCUCUUAGUGGGGUGAGCGGGAGACUGCCCGCCGGGGGGUUGCUUCAUUCACAUGGGACAAUGGCUCAAUCGAUCAACUACGCGGCCAUUGCGCCAGAAUCCACCGACGCUACCUCGGGUGCGAAGGCCGUUUCAUCCAACUUUCUUGUUGGAGGACAACGCCUGAAUGCGAAGAAAGGCAGCAAAGCCCCAACCCCCCAGCCUUCAACUCCAGUACCUGGAGCAACAAACCCUCAGUAUCCACCUCCGAUCAGACGAGCAAAUGGCCCACAACCCCUCAGACUGGCGCCUAACCAGUUGUUCUUUGGCUACGCGAUCAAGCCCGUCAAGAAGCGUGACGAAAACGAUCAGGUCACUGAGGAGAAGCCACGGUUCCAUGGAACAGGCCAAACACUGCGGGGAAAGAAGAAAGAUCCAGGAGACCCCGCUACUCCAACAUCAGGAAGCGAUGUAGAAAGCCAAAAAGGCAAAGAGCGCUAUCAGAAAUCCCAUGGGAGUGGGCGUACCCUUGGCGGUACUACCAACCGUUAA